GGAAAGCUGACAGCGCCCUGACAAAGUCCUGCUGGUUGACAUCUUUCACCGUGACACUAGGCAUCUGAAAAGCGAGUUGAAGUCAAAGACUCAAAAGGCUUUUCAAGAAGUGUGGUGCAGUCAGCAGCAGACGAGGAGAAAGAAGACAAACAGUGGAGAUUUGAUUCAGCCUUUGAGACAACCACAGCUUUUUCAUUGAAGACAGGAUUUUUUAUCAGAGGCAGAGGGGCUUCAGACCAGCUAUCUGUAUCCCUGAGUGAAGGAGUUUGUAGAGUCUCACCUCUUCAUUGGCUGACAGCGGGGGUGACAGACAGACCCCCAGGAACGCAAUGGUCAACUAAAGAAGAUCCCCAAGUGAGAAGAGAGAGCCAUGGGAAAAACCUCAAACUAGAUUCCGGUUGUGAGAGGUGUGAUCCGGUCCAGUUUGUGCAGACGUGUCAAGACGGAAACGUAUGAUGUCGGACUGCAACGGCAUCGGUAACAAACAACGGUGCAGACCCAACUGAAGCAGUCCAAGCUGAAGGCAGCACAAUGGAAAAAGAAAUGAAAAUGGCUGAGAAAGAAGAAGAAGAUGCUGCGAGUAAGGGAGAGUCCAGUGUAGAUAUGUCCAACAACAGUCCAACUAAAAGAGGAACGGGGAGGCCAAAAGGUUCUAAGAAGUUGCAGGUUUGUGUUACAGAUGUAAACCUAAUGGAGCUGGUUUCAGGCAUUUCAAAUGGAGAGUCCACAACGCCCCCAAGGGGAAGAGGGCGUCCAAAACUCUCAACACACACAGUACAGCAAGGAUCAGGAGACGACCAGGCUGAUAAUUCUGUGCAAACUGGUAGGGGUCAAGAAAGCCCGAAAGGGUCAGGGUCCAAGAAACUGGCCAGUAAUGAAGACCAUUCUCCUAGGAAAAGAGGCAGGCCAUUAGGGUCUCUGAACAAAAGCACCCUUGAAAAGGCUGCUGCCGCAGAUUUACCGAAUGGUGGUUCUGAUACACCAAAAAGGGGAAGGGGUCGUCCUAAAGGAUCCAUGAAGCGCAAGUCAGAAACCGUUACAAGUGGUGCAGAGGAUGAAGGCAGUUCUGCAACACCUAGGAAAAGGGGUCGACCGAAGGGCUCUCCCAAUAAGAGACCCCGGCUUGAGAGAGAGGUGAACAGUGAAGGGGAGGAGCAGGAUGUGUCAAAUGGUAUCUCAAAGACGCCUCGGAGAGGGAGAGGAAGGCCAAGAAAAAGUAUUAAACAUGAGAGCAAGCAUCAACAAAAACAGGUUUCAGGUGGCUCACAGCCAACUAAGAGAGGUAGAGGUCGACCAAAAGGCUCUUUAAACAAGAAACCCACUGCAUACAAGGUGCAAGGUAAGGUAGGACGCCCACGGAGAGAACUUGUUCCGAUUGAAAGAACAGAAUCAGUCAUCCCCAUAAAAAGAGGUAAGCGUGGGCGACCAAGAAAACAACCAGCUAAAAGGGGAAGGCCAAGGAAGUACCCUUUGCCGUCACCAGAAGAGCUGAAAAAGCCCAAAGUAUGGAAGCCACUGGGAAGGCCGAGGAAAUAUGCACGUGUUGAUCCUCCGGAGGGAGCCCCACCAGCCCCUCGCCGAAGCCGUGGUCGGCCUCGCAAGUCCGAGUCUAAGAAAGGUGCUCACUUACGCAAAAGUUUGCCUACCAGUCCAUCCUCACCACGCACCCCAAGUGAUGGACCCCCAAGGAAAAGGGGUCGUCCCCGAAUUAUUGUAAAAAGUGAGGAUGGCACAACACGGAAAAGGGGGCGCCCUAAAGGUUCAGUCAACAAAAAUAAAGCCAGAAAUGAAACGCAACUCGACAGCACACCCCCCAACCAUUCAAAAGCUGAUGAUUCAUCUGCUGUUGGGGUGAAAUAUGAGGAAGAGUCAGUGGUAGAGGAAGUGGCGCACGAUGUAGAGACAGUGCCAAUCCAGGACGGAGAUAAUACUGAAGAAACACUCAUCGAUCAGGAUGGAAAUUUUCAACUGUUACUACAGACAAGUCUGAACUAGCCACGGCCCCUCGACUCAACCGUGGACUCAUGGAUUUUUUUAUCGUUUCCGUUAUUACAAAUGUCAAUGUGAUGUUGACUGAGGUUUUCUUACUUCUGGAAAAGAACUUUGAAGUUCGCUUCUGCUCUCUACUGAGUGUCUGAUGAGUUUGGGGGAUUGGGAGAUAAAAUAAUGUCUAAAUUAUGUAAUGAUGUUUUUAUAAUCUCUCUCAAUGCCAUUUCACAGUUGAUCAAUAUUUCAUAUUUGAUUUGCCGUAAUUGCCAAAGCUUUGAAUGUACCGUUUAUUAGUUUUUUUUCCUCUGGUCUCUCAACUUUCUGUUACGUGCAUUCCUCGACAGAACGUAAGCUCUGUGUCUAAACGCCUUCCCACCUCUCACCGUCGCCCUGGAGGUUUCUUCCUCCAUGUGUGCUUUUUAAGUUUUUACUGUUAUUUCUCUUUAAAUUUUUACAUAUAGCUGUGAAGCCUUAUUUUUUUUAUACUGUCAUAAGAUUAAAUUCAAGUGAUUGGUUUGAUUUCACAAAAAUUAAUUUACUCGUUUUUGAGUACGUUGUGUAUAAAAAAAAAAAGAAAAAAAAAUGUGACUUGAUUUUUUUUUUCUUUGGCUAUUGCUCCAUUACUUGUAUGUCAUUAUUACUGAUAUUAACCCCUUUAUGGUCGUGGUUGUGUUUUCAACAAGAAGCCAAUAAUUUGUGAGAUAUGGUCUUGAAAUAAAAUGUCGAUCUUGCCGUUUUAUUUUUCAUGUUGUGGUGUGAUGUUUGAUAAGAAUGAAGAGGUUUCAUAUGUUGCCCCUUUCUAUUCCUAUUUGUUUUACUUUAUUUCAUUAUUUGUUUACAUAACUUAAUGUUAGUUGUAGGAAUAUAAACAGGCAGUUAUUAUCUGUUUAUUUUUAUGUAGUGUUUGAGGGUAGCAGCCCCACCUUCACCAGCCCUGUUCAAUGAUGUGAGUGAUACUCUGUGUACCUGAGUCAAGCUAAAGAUAAGAUUGUCUAUGUUGUGAAAGAUGAAUCACACCCAACUAUAAAACUGACACACGCCACAGUCCAUGAAGAAAAGAAAAACAUCUGUGUAAAAUACCUUUUACAGGGAGAAUUUGCAUAUUUGUUACGGUUAUGACCAUGAAAAAGGGGAGUUGCAUUGAACUUGUAGCUAUAAUGUACCAUCAUGAUGAGUUCUUGCUUGUUAAUUAAGCAGACACCAAUUAUAAAGGUCAACACUUGCUGCAAAAAGGAAACAUUUGUUGGAAUGUGUAAAAUUGGGAGUGUCUGUGAUUCUUUUAUGACCUGAAAAAUAUUGUUGAGCAUACAGUCUAAAAUGUUAAAUGUUUUGCUGUUUCAAAAAUGUUGCUUUUGCCUUUUUUUAAAUUUUAUUUUUUUAUUUUAUUAUUAUUGACUUGUGUAUGGAUUUAUAGCAGAAAAAUCAAUGUGGGAUCAGUUCCAUCCAGUUUACAUUUGUGUAUAUUAGCUGCAACAGAUAGUUGGUUAAUCAAUUAAUAUAAAUUAAUAGUAAACUAAUUUGAUAAUUGAUUAAUCAUUUGGUGUAACUUUUUUUAACUUGUCAAAUGUGAAUAUUUUCUGGUUUCUUUAGUCUUCAUUGACAGUAGAACAAAUAUCUGGGUUAUAGACAAAACGACAUCUGAGGAGGGCUUUGGGAAACUGAUCAACAUUUUUCACAAUUUUGACAUUUUAUAGAUCAAACGACUAAUUGAUUAAUCAAAACAAUAGUUGGAAGAUUAAUUGAUGAUGAAAAUCAUUAGUUGCAGCCCCUGUGUAUGUAGGAUUUCCCCAUAAAGAAGUAAAAAUUAACCACAUGUUCUGUAAUACUAUCUGUAUUUUCAGAAAUAAAAAAAUAAAAAACA